AUGCUUAAUUCCAGUGCAUGGCAUUCCGGGAAAAUGUGGCCACGGCGCCGUCAACGACUGCCAUUGCAAACAAAACUGUUCUAUCCGCAAGUGAUCGUUCUGCCCGAUCCGUCUUCGCUAUUUGCUAAAAAUUUUUUUUUAGUUGGAAAUAUUUCUUACGAAGUAGGAGAAGAGCAACUCAAGCAAGUAUUUUCCCAGGUCGGACCCGUAGUUCAUCUUCGACUUGUUCAUGAUCGUGAGACAGGCAAACCGAAAGGCUAUGGAUUUUGUGAGUUUAAUGACUCACAAACUGCAGAAAGUGCUAUCAGAAACUUAAACGGUUUUGAAUUAAAUGGUCGAUCUCUACGUGUCGAUUCAGCAGCUGGUAGUGAUCGAAAUACUGAUGAAGUACAACAGUUACAAGCUGCAUUUGCUGCUCAACAACAAGAGGUUAUUGAUUUAUUACAUCAUGCGCAAGAAAAUCCGUAUGGUCCGGAAUGUGAGCCGGAUCGUGCACCAGAAAUAAUUUCGCGUACAGUUGCUUCACUUCCUCCUGAACAAAUGUUUGAAUUAAUGAAGCAAAUGAAGCAGUGUGUGCACAACAAUCCUAAUGAAGCCAAAAGUCUUUUAAUGAGUAAUCCACAGCUGGCUUACGCUCUGUUACAGGCUCAAGUUGUUAUGCGAAUUGUUGACCCACAUGUUGCUAUUGCAAUGCUACAUCGUGAAGUACCAACAACCUCUCAGCCAUUUCAUCAGCAGGCAUCUACAUUUUCUAGUGAUAUUUCUUCUUCUAUCCCAUCCACAGCAACUGCAUUCAAUGCAAAAGUGCCUGCAGCAGUAGUUGUACCACCAGUUGUGCCACCAAAUACAUUUGCCCAAGUCUCAGCCCCUGUCAUGAAUCAUGCGACGUCUCAGCCUGAACCAGAAAUAUCUCCUGACGACCAGCAACAAGCGCAGCUUUUGAUGCAGGUACUUCAAUUGAGUGAAGAACAAAUAGCACUUUUGCCUCCUGAAGAUCGAAGAAAAGUUGUAGAAUUGCGCAAUCAGCUCAGGUCAUCUGUUUAG